GUCGCUGCGCUCCUGCCUCCGUCAGUACUGAAGGUAACUCCGUGCGUAAAGCUCCUCAACAGCAGGCGGACGACGCACAGUUCCAGCCACCGCGUCAUUCCUGUGAAGACCGAAACUACAUAAAACAGUCGUAUUUUUCAGAAAACUGAGAAAGACAGAAAAAGAAAACACUGGCUUUUCUUUUUUCACGUUUUUAUUUGUAUGAUUUGUUGGCUCUCUGUGGUGCGUUUUUGUUUUGUUUUUUUUUUUCUUCUCUGAACACCUUGAUAAAUGCUUCGCACCGGUGCAGAUGUACCAGCUCGGUAAUCCACGAAGAAUAAAAUAAUGUGCAAAAUCAAUGAAGGAUACAGUGGAAGCUAAGUGUGGAUACUCUUGGAUUUAACAGUCAGUGCCUGUAAAAAACAAAGAUCCAGUCAAACUUAUGGCGUGAAGGGCCCCUUCUUGGCCUUUGUCACUCACAGCUAAUGGAUGUCUUUACCCAGAAUGCCUACAAUGACAGUUUCUUUGAUAAUGGAACAUGGAGCUUCAACGAAACGGAUCAGGAGCAGAAGCAUCCUUACAACUACUACGCCAUGCUCCUUACUCUUCUCAUCUUCGUCAUUGUCUUUGGCAACGUGCUGGUGUGCAUGGCUGUGUCCAGAGAGAAGGCCCUGCAGACCACCACCAACUAUCUGAUUGUCAGCCUGGCUGUCGCUGACCUUCUGGUGGCCACGCUGGUUAUGCCCUGGGUCGUCUACUUGGAGGUAGUGGGAGAGUGGCGUUUUAGUAAGAUCCACUGUGACAUCUUUGUCACGCUGGAUGUCAUGAUGUGUACAGCCAGCAUUCUCAAUCUCUGUGCCAUCAGCAUUGAUCGUUACACAGCAGUUGCGAUGCCAAUGCUAUACAACACUCGCUACAGCUCCAGGAGAAGGGUCACAGUGAUGAUCUCUGUGGUGUGGGUGCUAUCUUUCGCCAUAUCAUGUCCCCUGUUGUUUGGCCUAAACAACACAGCUACUCGUGAUGAGUCCCUCUGUGUGAUCGCCAAUCCAGCCUUUGUGGUGUACUCUUCCAUUGUGUCCUUCUAUGUUCCUUUCAUCAUUACGCUGCUGGUUUAUGUGCAAAUCUAUGUAGUCCUGAGGAAGCGCAGAAAACGUGUGAACACAAAGCCAAAGCAGCGUGUUUGUCAAGCUGCUGAGCCAGAUGUGGCCACUUCAAUAAAGGAUAAGUGCACUCAUCCAGAGGAUGUGAGGUUGUGCACCAUGAUUGUUAAAUCUAAUGGGAGUUUUCCUGUCAACAAGAAGAAAGUGAUAUUUAUAAAAGAAGUUGUCAAUGAAGGUGAAGAUCUGGAGCUGGAUGACCUGAACAACAGCGGCAGCAGUCAGAAACAGAAGCAGCAGCCACAGUGUGCUCUCGGAGACACUCCAGCCACCAGCAACCAGCAACUGAUGCCCAACAAGGCCAAUGACAGCCCCACCGCCACACCACCCACACCGCCUGAUGAGGGCCAGAAAACUGAAAAGAACGGAGAUCCUACCAAGGAGGCCCUGGGGGAUCCAGCACCUGUUGUUGUCAAAGCCUUCCAGACACAGGCCUUACCUAAUGGAAAAACUCAGACCUCUGUGAAGACCAUGAGCAAGAGGAAGAUCUCCCAGCAGAAGGAGAAAAAAGCCACUCAGAUGUUAGCCAUUGUCCUUGGUGUAUUCAUCAUAUGCUGGCUGCCAUUUUUCAUUACACAUAUCUUGAACACCCAUUGCACAAAAUGCAAGGUUCCUGCUGAGAUGUAUAAUGCUUUCACCUGGCUGGGCUAUGUGAAUAGUGCUGUAAAUCCUAUUAUAUACACAACCUUCAACGUUGAGUUCAGAAAGGCAUUCAUUAAGAUCUUGCACUGUUAAACUGACGCAUCACUUGUCUGAUCAGACAGAGGACGAGUAAUGAAUAAAACCAUCUCUUCUGGUAAAUACCUCAUCCUAUUAAGGGAAACGUACCACGGAGAGCAAUCUACGAUUUAAAGCGAUGGAGCUUAAGUGACUGAGAAACUAACGGUGUCUUACUGAAAGGCAUGGUGGCUCUAUAUGUGAAUUGUUUGUGGAGUCAUGUUCUCCAAGUCACUGAAUGUAAAACAAGAAAUGUCUGUAACAAUGACCUGUUUCAUUGAGAAAAGAAAAAAUGUAACGUUGUUCUCUAAACUCAUUGUGCUUGUCACUUAAGGAGCCAUCUGUGUAUACCACACACAUACAAUCUGCAAACUGCUAGUUAUUGUGUGUGUAUUCUCUGUUUUGAUAAUGGAAAUUUAUUGCAAAUCUUAUAGAUAUCAAGUCAGUGUUCAUUGCAGCAUUAAAAUUGAUACACGCUCUUAAUCUUAAGAUCUAUUAUUGAUUGGAAUGUGUGUAAAAGACAACAGACAAUUUAUUUGUUGUAUAAUGUGGCUAUGCCAAUGUCCACAUAUUUGCAAUUUCAUAAAUUGAAUUAUUGCGUUGUAUUAUUAUUAUUAUUAUUAUUAUUAUUAUUAUUAUUAUUAUUAUUUACUGUACAUAGUUUUUCUUAACAUAUUAACUGUGAUUAUAUGCCUGCAAUGGAAAUGUGAUGCAUGCUACACUGCUCCUUUACUUGACUUCUCAUGAAAUGUAUGUUUAUCAUUAAAAAAAAAAAGAAAAAAUACAAAAGAUGUCCGAUAAAUGAAGACACUGUAACGUGCCACAUGAAUAUCAGUGUUUGCUGUGUAUACAGAUACACCCAUAAAUGACUCCAUCAUUCAGUAGUCUCUCUCUUAUUCCCAGGAUUGCUUUGCAGUUUGAGUAAUGUUGUUUACUGAAAGCAACACUGAGCUGUGCUGCAGCAGACUGGUUUUAGUGACAAACUAAUGGCCUGUAUGUGGACUUUGCAGCUCCCAGGUAAAAUCAUAUGGAUGUUUGCAACUCCUGAAGAUGUUCCCUGGGGCCUUUGCUGAGUAAAAAUGGGGUUACUUGGCAAAAAUAAAAAAUGGAGUUACAGCAAUAUAUCAAAAUGUGUUUUUCAAUAAAUCCCUUUACAGAGACAUCUUAAUAUCAAAUGUAAGGAAUAUCGUCAACAGAGUAUUGUGGUGUAAUUGUUAUAUAGGUGGAAAUAUGAGGUUUGCUUGACAUGCUACCAAUCAGAUGUGUGUAUGUUUUCUAAGGAAAGGUCUAUUGUUUAUGAGACUUGGGGAUUAAAAAGCAAAAUAAAAACUCCACGUCUAUAUUGUGUUGUCAAUAUGUCAUCUAGAUGAAACAUUAGGGUUCAAUAGUUCAGUAGUUCGAUAGUAGGUUGGUCUUGAUAAAAGGAAAUGGCAGGAAGGAGAUGGAUUAACGCCUGAAGUGAUGUGUCUUUAAUGUGCAGCUCACGGAUGUAUUACCAGAACUGGUUUCCAGACUCCAAAACGGCAUCUGCUCUUGUGAACAUAAAGCUGCUUAUUGGCCAUAAGCUGAAAAUGUUUUUGACUCCUGUGUUAGUUCUUCGCUGUGCAGCCCUCCUCAGAUGUAGAUAUUCACACCAAUGGGCACUUAACGUCCACCCUAUCAUAGUAUCACAAAUUAUUAAUCUGAUAUUUGUGAAUUCUCUGGUUUUAUUUGCAGCCAUGCAUGUCCUGUCAGCAGUUUUACAGACCUCUUUGACCAUUGUCCUCUGUAUAGAGAACAGCGGCAGAU